GAAAGCGUGUUUUAACCUUCUCGUCAUCGACGUCGUAGCAAGAGAGUUAGAGGCUUGGCCGUUUGAUCGUUUGGUUGACAUAAAGAGAGAGAGAGAGAGAGAGAGAGAGAGAGAGAGAAAGCCAACGAGAGAAAGAAAGACAGAAAGAAAGAAAUACGAGUAUCACCGUCGAGUGAGACGACGAGGUUUUGUCGGAGAAAGAUAUAAAAGAGAAAUAUAGAGAUCGAGUGCAGUGUCAAAGUCUGUGAUAGUAUUUAUUCAAAGGAUUUCGAAUAUACAACAGCGACGACGACGGCGUUUAACAUCGGUCGACGGUAAAAGAAAAAAAAAAUAAAAAAAAAAAAAUAAAUCGCGCGCGUCGAACAAGCGAAAGAUUUAGAUAGGCUUUAUAUAUUUAUUUAUAUCUGUGAUAUCUACACUGAUAUACAUCGAUCUGAUUCGGACGGCGUAUCCAUCGGAGAAAGUGGAAAAGGAUCAUCGAAUCGUAGACGUCGCGCGAACACGAGGAAGAGAUUUUCACGAUAUACAUAUAUAUAUAUAUAUAUAUUACGUAUAUAUAUAUAUUAUAAGAGGAUCGUCGUAGGGAGAAAAAAGAGAGAUUAUAUCAGUAUCUUAGCAGAUAGGCGUUUUUUGUAUAUACGACUGACUCUUUUUUACAAUUAUUAAUACUGGUGCGAAAUCGCCAAAAGAGGGAGAGAGAGAGAGAGAGAGAGGGAGAAGAGCAGAAGAAGAAGGAGAGAUUAAGUGAGAAAUCGAAUUUUCCUAGCGCCGAACGAAAGUUUACGUACGUGAACGAAAAUGGUGGAGAGACUAGUGGAAGAACGCAAGAGCAGCUUCCAAGCGAAUGGCCGAGGCGAUGGUAAUUGUAGAGACGUCGCCUCGACUGGAGAAUCUAUGAGCGCGGUACAAGCGCGUCAAGAAGAGGCAAGACGCAAAAGACGCAGGAAGAAACGUUCUGGAUCGUCUCUAGUGUCCUCUUGUUUCCAAGAUUUGUACAAAUUGACGGGAGAGGUGCUUGGAGAAGGAGCCUAUGCCUCGGUUCAAUCGUGUACAUCCCUGUACACGGAUUUGGAAUAUGCCGUGAAGAUCAUCGAUAAGAUUCCUGGACAUGCGCGUGCUAGAGUUUUCAAGGAAGUCGAGACAUUCCAUCAUUGCCAGGGACAUCCUAAUAUCAUACAGUUGAUUGAAUUUUUCGAAGACGAGGAAAAGUUUUAUCUCGUUUUUGAAAAAAUCAAUGGCGGUCAACUGUUGAACAGGAUUCAAGAAAAGGUGCACUUUAGUGAGAGAGAAGCAAGUCAAAUCGUCAGUGAGAUCGCCAGUGCUUUAAAUUUCCUUCAUAAGAAGGGAAUCGCACAUAGGGAUCUCAAGCCAGAAAACAUCUUAUGCGUAUAUCCGGACAAAUUAACUCCUAUCAAAGUAUGCGAUUUUGACUUGGGUUCCGGUAUAAAAUUCAACAAUUCACUAUCCAGUCCUGUAGCAACGCCACAAUUAUUGACGCCAGUUGGAAGCGCCGAAUUCAUGGCUCCGGAAGUAGUCGAGGCAUUCAUAGGCGAAACAAAUUAUUACGACAAACGUUGCGAUCUUUGGAGUCUCGGCGUGAUAAUGUAUAUUUUGUUAUGUGGCUAUCCGCCUUUCUACGGGAACUGCGGCACCGAUUGCGGUUGGGAGAGAGGAGAAAAUUGUCAGGCUUGUCAGGAAUUGCUAUUUACCAGUAUUCAAGAGGGAAGGUACGAAUUUCCUGACAAAGAAUGGAGAAAUAUAUCCGAGGACGCGAAGGAUUUAAUUAGAGGCUUGCUAGUAAAGGAGGCUCAUCAAAGGCUCAGUGCGGAAUGCAUUUUGAAACAUCCGUGGAUUAAUCCUGGGCCAGCGUCGGUCGACAAUAGCGAACAAUCUCUUAUAACUCCUCAUAUCAUUAGAAGAAAUAAUUCUGCUCGAGAGCUCUCAGCGUUCGCUGAGUCGGCAAUGGCUGUAAAUCGCGUGGUACUUCAACACUUUUCCAUUAACUUGGAGGAGCUGACGGAGAAUAGGGAGCCAAGACUGUCCACGUCAUCUACCGAUGACGACAAUCAUCCUUACGGUCACAUGUCCGACUCCAAUAGUGAAUUAUCGGAGAAUAGCAACAAGCACUGUGCGACCCAUUCUUCCAGCGAAUUUGAUACUAGUUCGCGUCAAAAAUCAGGCUCGGUUAAUUCGAGCAUCGAUUUCAACGAUUCGAAAAUCAUCGGGAAGAAUCGAAUAAUAGGUAAAGAUUCCUUUCAACUUUAUGGUCUGUCGCCGCCAAGCGAGAGCAGACUUAUGCAACGUCGUAUCAAGGCACGCUCAAGUUUGAUCGAAUGUCAGAAUAAUAAUUCUGUUAUCGCAUCCCCAAGUGGCUGAAAUUUGACAAUUUUAAAAGAGAGAGAAAUUAAAUCGAUCUUCUUUUUAGAGUAUAAUUCGUCUUUGCUACUAUUUCCCUUUCUGGAAUCGCAAAGGUGUAAUAUACUUUUAUCGAGCGGCUUAGAAAGAGUAAAGAUUAUUAGUCUAUGUAAGCGAUUCCUUCAUUCGAUUUAGAAUGAAAUUGGCUUGUAUAAGAAGCAAAGAGAAAAAAAAGAAAAAGUGUGCGGUUAAAAAGAACAAAAAAAGAAAUAAUAAUAAUAAUAAUAAUAACAAUAAGAAUAAGAAUAAUAAUAUUACAACGCUACAAAAAGGACGAUGACGGCGGAAAGAAAAACAAAAAAAGAAAAAAAAGAACCUACGAUAAAAAUAUUUCAUAGUUCUGUAUUGUAUUAAGCGAGUAUGAUAAAAACAACAAACGUUUUCAUUGCCUUGUUUCUAUUAACCUUGUUUCUUUCUUUUUGUCCCGCGAAUAUGAAAUUUUUCACCUAUAUUCCAAGCUGUCAACGUCUCUCUCUAUGCGCGAUAUAUGUGUCCGCAUUGUAGUGAUAGAGUAGUGUCGUAUUUUUGUGUACGAGACGACAGUUAUCACGAUACAGUACUUUGGAAAUAACAUCUACGACGAAAGAAGUUCAUCUUGUAUCGGCAUGGCAUCAUUCUCUAUUCUCUCUCUCUGUCUCUCUCUCUCUCUUCCCUCUUUUUUCCUUUUCUUUUUUAUAUUUCCUGUACCUGACGCGCGACGAUAACUGUCCUCUCUUACGAAGAAUAGGAUGUCUACGUUGGAUGCACUCCAACUCGUGCUCAGGAGCUUGCGAUUCGCGUAAUCCUCUUCCCAUCGUUGAAAUUAUAAAACUUUGUCGAAUAUGGACGAAAUAAUAUAUUCCAAAAUCAUUGAUAUUUAUUAUUAUUUAUAAAGGAAAACAAAAAAGAAAAAACACACGAGUUGGAACGUUUUCCUUUGCGUGUGUUCUAUGUGAUACACCAUGCUUCAUAUUCCGUUGUGUAUGCUGCGAAGCAAAAAAAAAAAAUGAAAAGAAAAGAAAAAGAAAGAAAAACUACACGACAACACAUCCCAUAUCGCGUAACAAUUAGAAGAGAUGGUAUAAUAAAUAAAAGAAAAGAAAAGAAAAAAAAAGAUACAAAAAAAAAAUAAGAAAAAUAAAAAGAAUUGAUUUCACAUCAGUUGGCUAUUCUCCGCGAGAUAUGCGAAUCUAACGACAUAUAACAAAACAAUACAUAAUAUAGAUCAUUCGGACUUGUGACGAUCGUUGAAAUAGUUUUUGUAGUAGUGAUGUAACUUCUUAUCGGAUAUAACUCUCCUGGCCUUUUGCUAAUCAUUAUGAUGAUAGUAUGUAGGAAUACACACUCAUAUAGAAUUUGUACAGGGAUACAAAAAAUAUAUAUAUAUAUUAUACAUAUAUAUAUAUAUAUAUAUAACAAAAAGAAAGAAAUUGCGCGUGCGUAAAACUAACGUUGAAAAUGACUCUUGUCGUGCUUUCAAAAAAGAAAAGAAAAGAACAAAAAAAUAAAAAAUGAAGGAAAUUGGGCAUCGUACUCUGCAGCUCGAAUCAUCGUUCAAAUUAAUCCGGAAUCAUUUGAAUGAAUCGAUCGAUACAAAAACAAAACAAAAAGAAAUUGUAUCUAUAUAUACAUACAUAUAUAUGCACACAUAUAUAUAUAUAUAUAUAUAUGUAUAUAUAUUUUAAUGAGAGGAAUG